GGCUUUGUAAGAAAUCCAAUAAUAUUGAAAGUUAAUCUCCCGGAUGGUGUGCAAUGGAACCCCUGGAGGAAACGGUCGGUGUGCUCCUUUAUCUUGUUUUGACACCAUAAUAUUACAUUGCCUCCAUGCUCACACGUUGCAUGCAUGACAUAUCGGACUGUCUUAUUAAGGAUUUGUUUCAGAUCUCAUCAUGUUUCAUCAAACACCACCUACAAAGGUGAGGUGACUAGAGGAGGAAGAGGGAGAGAGGGAGGGAGAGUGUAAAAGCAGAGAGUACAGAGGCUCCUCCUCAUUCGCUGCGUGCGUUUCUUGUGUUUUUUCAGCCUGUUCUUCACUCACACUCUCGUUCAGCAGAGAUUCAGAAGGUAGAGAGCAGAGAUUCUCACUGGGGAAAGGUGGAAGAGGGAAUUGCUUCCUCUUGCAAAGAGAAGGAAACACAAAUAAGCAAAAAAACGAACAAGAAAUAAGAUGGAGAGGAUGCAGGGAGAGGGAGAGGUGGACCACCUGGAGCGACCGAGUCCACUGACUGACAAGGAGAGGGUGAUGAUCCAGGACUCGUGGGCUAAAGUCUACCAGAACUGUGACGAUGCCGGGGUGGCUAUACUAGUCAGGCUGUUUGUGAACUUCCCGUCAUCCAAGCAGUAUUUCAGCCAGUUCAAACACAUUGAGGACCCGGAGGAGCUGGAGAAGAGCUCCCAGCUGAGGAAACACGCUCACAGAGUCAUGAAUGCCAUCAAUACGCUGGUGGAGAGCCUCGACAACGCAGAGAAGGUGGCCUCAGUGCUGGAGCUGUUGGGAAAGGCCCAUGCACUCCGUCACAAGGUGGAGCCUGUGUACUUCAAGAUUCUGAGUGGUGUGAUUCUGGAGGUCCUGGGGGAAGGGUUUCCAGAGGUUGUCACUCCCGAUGUGGCUGCAGCAUGGACCAAACUCCUGGCUACGGUCUACUGUGGCAUCACAGCCGUCUAUGAGGAAGUGGGCUGGACAAAGCUUUCAACCUCGACUGGUUGAAGCUUGCAAACUUGGACACAUGAGAAUCCUUCCAAUUUUUGGGGCUGCAGCCUCAGAUAGGAAUCAACUGACUGUAACUGGGACUGUAUCUGGGAAUACAGUUUGAUGUAAUCUAAGAUAAUCAUGGGCUCUGGAACAUACACUUUAACGUAAACAACAAUAAGAACAAAUACUCUGCCCUUGUGGCUAGCGGAGUGUGUGCGUGUGUGCGUGUGUGUGUGCGUGUUUGUGUGUGUAUGUGUGUGUGUGUGUGUGUGUGUGUGUGUGUGUGUGUGUGUGUGUGUGUGUGUGUGUGUGUGUGUGUGUGUGUGUGUGUGUGUGUGUGUGUGAGAGAGAGAGAGAGAGAGAGAGAGACAGAGAGACAGAGAGACAGAGAGAGAGAAUCUAAACUGUAAAGCUCCCCUCCUUGCAUUCCUUCUUGCGUAAAAGGCUGGAAGCAGAGAGCAAAGAGGAAGAAAAUACAAACUGUAGAUCCAACAGUGGACAAGAGGUCACAUUUGACUUGGAUGUGCCUUCUGCUGAAUGUGUAUAUCUGGAAAAUAAAAUGUAAACGGCAUUCUUUCAAAACAUUAGGAUGUUUUUCAGAUGUUUCCUCUUAUCAGUCUGUAUCCACUUGUGUCCAUUUUAUUAGAUAUUAUGAAGACAUUUUUACAUUUCUAAAAGUUAAUUGUGACGAUUGUACAUUUUUUUUUCAUUAUGACUCACAUUUGUAUCUGUAAUGGAGUAAAUUUUGAAAUAAAAAAUACAAAGAAUA